AUGGCGCGGCCCAGGGCCGAAAACACCCCAGGCCACGCCCAAGCAGCCGCCGACGCCGCCGACGCUGCCGCCGCAGCCCCCCUGCCCGCGCCGUCCCCUCCCUCCAUGGUCAAAGCCGCCUCGCUCCUCAUCCUCCUCCAGCUCGCGUCCCGCCUCCUGACCUUUGUCGUCAACCAGCUGCUCCUGCGCUUCCUGACGGCGCCCCUGCUCGGCGUGUCGACCCAGCUCGAGGUCUACUACCUCUCGGUGCUCUUCUUCGCCCGCGAAGCCCUCCGCGUGGCCAUCCAGCGCCAGAGCCCGCCGCCGCAGCGCCACGAUGCCGCGGCCCGGUGCCAGGCCGUCGUCAACCUCGGCUACCUGGCCGUCCUGCUCGGCUCCGUCCUGAGCGCCGCCCUGGGAAAGCUGUACAUGUCGUACGCGCGCGAGUCGCGCCUGGCCGCCGAGACGCCCUAUCUGACCGAGAGCGUCUACCUGUACGGGGCGGCGGCGCUGACGGAGCUGCUCUCCGAGCCGUGCUUCGUCCUCAUGCAGGCCAGGCUGCAGUUUGGCACGCGGGCGGCCGCGGAGUCGGUCGCCACGCUGGCCCGGUGCGCGGUGGUCCUGGCCUCUGCCGUGUGGGCGUCGAGCAGGCGCGCCAGCCUGGGCGUGCUGCCGUUUGCGCUGGGCCAGCUGACGUACGGAGCGGCGCUGCUGCUCGUCUACCUGGUCUCGGGGCGCGGCCUCGCGUCCGCGCUGGGCUUCUCCCUCGCGCCGCGGCCCGUCGGCGGCGGCGACGGCUUGUCGGCCUCGUACUUUUGCAAGCCGACCGUGCGGCUGGCCGCCAGCAUGACGGCCCAGAGCGUGGUCAAGCACGUCCUCACGCAGGGCGACACGUUCCUCGUCUCGCUCCUCUCCACGCCCGCCGUUCAGGGGACGUACGCGCUCGCCAACAACUACGGCGGCCUGGUGGCGCGCCUGGUGCUCCAGCCGGUGGAGGAGAGCAGCCGCCGCUACUUUUCCAGCCUGCUGGCCGCCGGCUCCGCCGCGGACGCCGAGCCCGCGGCCGCCGCCGUCGAGGAGGCCAGCCGGAGCCUGCGCACCCUGGCGAGGCUGUACCUGCUGCUCUCGGCGAUCGUGGUCGGCGUCGGUCCGCCCGCGUGCCCGGCGCUGCUCGCCAUCGUCGCCGGCAGGCAGUGGUCCCAGCACGGGGCGGGGGACGUGCUCGGCGUCUACUGCUACUACGUGCCCUUCCUGGCGCUCAACGGGCUGGCCGAGGCCUUUGUCGCGUCCGUCGCCACCGAGGCGCAAAUCCACCGGCAGUCGGUGUGGAUGGGCGCCUUCUCGCUCGCCUUUGCGGCAUCGGCCGUGCUCUUCAUGCGCGUGCUGGGCCUCGGCGCGCAGGGCCUGAUCCUGGCCAACAUGGUCAACAUGCUGUGCCGGAUCGUCUGGAGCGCCGUGUUCAUCCGGCGCUUCUUCGCCGGGAACAGGUCGUCGUUUGGGCUGCGAGGCCUCGUGCCCGCGGGCGCGGCGUCGCUGUCGCUCUGCACGCUGGUGGUGGUGCGCCGGACGGGCGUCGCCGCGACGGCUGCCGUCGAGCCGUUCCCGGCGCUGGCAAAGAUGGCGGCCUCGGCCGUGCCGCUGGUGGCCGCAAUGGCGUUUCUAGAGAGGCGCUUUCUCGUCGAGUGCGCGCGCCACGUUGGGGGCCGAACGGGCGGCCGGGUCCCCUAG